GUGACUGAAUCCAGCGAUGAGCAAGCAUAGCAGCAGCCGCACCGCGCCGUCAUCAUCGUCGUUGCUUGCCGUUGUCACCGCCCUUGAAGCCGCCGUCGCGUUCGGUUCGUGGCUCCUUUCUUGGAUAGCAGAGAUCGCUCGCAGCAGUCACUCUUCAAGUCCCAAUCGGUCUUUUCCUAUCAGCCAGAGCGCGUCCGCAGCGUCGAUCAAGCGACAAGGGCUUCGCUGUCGCGGCUUUCCCAGCCUCAGCCAUUAAACACUACAACCGGUGGCUGCGCUGCACGUUCAGAAAUCCAGUCACGAUUGCACAGCACCCCAUACCCUACGGAAUAUCACACAGCAUGUCUUUGCUGAUCUAAAGGGAGGCGAUCCCCACCGCUGCAUCUUCGUCUCGAGAGGCACUCGCGCCUAGUCCGCCAUGCCUGAGCCGCCUUCUCCCUUGGGGGCGCCAUCAGCGCCAGUGUCAGCCGGAGGAGCCUCUGGCUCUCCUCUUGUAUCCGGAGAGCAGCUCGCAGAAGCAGUAACGGCGUCGUCAACACCACGCACAUCCGCAGGAUCUCGAGAUCAUAUGCCUAGUCUUCCUCGACACCUCGUCAGAGCAGAGUCACCCAUGACUGUCGCUGGGGGUCAACUUUCCGCAACGAGCAGUUCCUCGCCUAGAUCUGGCACCAUGCCAUCCUUCGCCGGAGCCGCUGUACGUCGUGGAGGUGGUUGGAGGCAGAGCUGGAACACUACCGCCACGCAUUCCACGGGAGAGAGAUCAAGAACACUCAGUGCAUCAUCUGCAGACCGAGACUCUACGCAAGCGGAAAGCAGAUACGAAGCGACAAUGUCCGACACUGAUUCCAUCAACGGCGUCCAUCGUGACCACGUCACUUCAGGCACCCUGGGGGGCAAUUGCACCCCACAAGGAUCCACAUCCAUUGCGCUCAGCCGGCCAUCCAACGAGAUGUUGGAUCCCGAUGACAUCAAUCCGGUCGUAGAUGCUGCGCUUUCUUCGUGCAGCUCUGCAGAGAUGCCGGCCCCGGACGACGAAGAGAUGAGCAUCUGGCAAUCCGCACCGCAACCGGCCGGCACACCUCCUGGCAUUGUGAGGGAUCUGCCCUCUUCGGGGGACGUUGCUAGCCCUCCAAUCAGCUCCGACCGGAGUGCGCCACCUCCCUGGACCAGUGCGGGAGGCGCCAUCGCUGGGAAUUACGACUGGGCUAAUUUCGUGUUCGCUUAUGCGCGUGGCCGCUUCGACCCCGUUCGUAGCCCUUGGCCUCCAUCGCGCUCUACAGCACAUCCAGGCGUGCAAGCGGAGAUUGUAGCUGAGGCCGCCGUGUCACCAAAGUCGGCCCCUUCGCCGGCCGUGGGACCUGAUGGGCUCGAGUUGAGACGACCUUCCUUGUCCUACUUGCCACCUCCUAUGGGCCAGCCACAUCCUCUGCAGCCUUCGCAAUCCUCGGUACCUUUCCAAGAAGGCAAACGGAGAUCGUCAGGAGAUGCUAGCAGCAGCACAGAUCCUUGGCCGGAUCGUGCGGUCUUUCAGUCCCGGACACCCCCUCCCGUGCGGCGGUCCGGAGGAUACCACCACGAUACCGCCUCGCGUUGGUCUGGUCACGAUGUCAGCCACCCUGAACGUAGCGAUGCGAAUGUCGCAACAGGGGGCGAAGGCGCUCUCGAUUCCCUGCCGCUUUCCGAGCUAGCAUCAGCGAGUACCCCAAACAUGGGCAUGGCACUGCCACUCUUGAGUGACUCGAAGUCGAGCUCGACUUCAAAGUUCUCGUCUGACACUUCAAAAUCAGUGCCAACGAUGUAUGGAGAUCAGUUGCUACGACAGAGCCUUCUUGGAGUGGCAUCGGAUGGGGUACGAACCCAGGAUGACUCAGUAUGGCAUUCACGCCUCUCUCAGAACGAAAGCGUGGACAAUGAUCUGCUUGGCCAAGGAGUCCCUCGACAAAGCAGCGCGGGAGACGGCAGCAACACCAAGCAAAGAGCGCAUGCCUCUCAAGAGUCCGCUCACCUUUCCAUGGGAAACAUGAGCUCAAGGCUGCAAUCAGAGGGAGAGCCGACCGCGUCCAACCAUACGUAUUCCUCCGCGCAAUCGAGUGGCCACUCGUCCAGCACCGACAUCGAUGCUACUCGUGGCCAGGUAAAGCUGCAAAGGAUCGCGGGCGGCCUGCUGAACGACGAAAGCGUUCGAGUCGAGGCCGCUGCGAAACAGUUGGCUUCGCAAUCCUCGACCGAGGUCAGACCCGGACCCAAGCCAGUCCAGCCUAUGCAGCUGGAUGGCUCGCAUCCAGAACCGACGGCCUGGUCCUCUGCUCCAGAGGGAUACCUUCACAGCUUCAACAAUACCCUGGCUUCACAUAGUGGGAAUCGAGCGGGUCCAGAUAUUUCAGUGCAAAGCGCUCGUCAUGACCAAGGGCCCUCACACGGGCUGGAAUCUGCUACUGAAACAUCGACAGUGGCCGGAAUGAGGCGAGCAGCAAACCGCGCUACUUCGCGCCGCGACAGUCAUUCUGCAGAGAAGCGAAGGCAGGAGAAGCCCACCCACAGUCAAAGCUACCACGCAGGCGAGGCGCGCACGCGGGUAUUGGAUGCAGAGGAAGCGACGGUCACGGGCGAGAAGGUGCCAAAGGUCAACGCCGCACCUGAGAUGAGAUCGAAUUUCAGUCGAUCGAGGUCUGACAGCUUGAGAGCAUCGCCUCAAGGCGGCCGUCAACUCAGCGAAGCUGAUCGGUGGAAUGAAGCAGCCGCUGAAGCUGCGGCCUGUCCCAUGCCCGCAGCUCCACAGGCUAGCGACUCCAAAGGCUCGGCCCCAAUGUCACGUCGAGCCUCUGAAGUGCGCAGAGCUUCAGAAGACUUUCAAGCAGCUGCGGCGAUGCUUGCUGGGCAAAAGAAUCCGCAAGGAAGUGGUGUUGCCCCGUACCUUCACGCGUACUACAACGUGGGUCGAAGGGUAGAGGAUUUCUACAGAAUCAACGGUUAUUUGCCUGCCAUCAUGCCUCCAAACGAUCUGGACCGGCGAGGUGCCCUGCGGCGGUACGGUCCGCCAAAGGUGUCCAGCGACGCCAAUUUCGAUCGAGUGGCACACCUGGUCAAGCUGGUCUUCAAUACUAGAUUGGUUCUCGUCUCGCUCGUGGGCGAGUCGACUCAGCACUUCCGUACCCAGGCGGGAACCGCCGGCGCGUCCCGAUCUGCGGCGUGGCUUCAGAGCAUUGCAUCAUCGCGCAAUUGUUCGUUCUGCGCACAUGCCAUCUUGCAGGACAGUGACGAGCCCUUCGUGGUACUAGACGCUUUGAAAGAUUGGCGUUUUGCAGGGAACCCUCUAGUUGUUGGCGAACCACACAUUCGCUUCUACGCAGGCAGCCCGUUGCGGACCGCAGACGGCUAUAAUCUUGGAAGCUUGUGCAUCAUUGAUGACAAGCCAUGGACGGAGUUCAAUCCGAGGCAAAGGCACACGUUGCGAGAGUUUGCCAGAGUCGUGAUGCGGGAGAUGGAAUUGUCUCGCGAUACAAUCCAUCUGAGAAUACGUGAUCGGAUGCAACACUCCAUCGAGACAUUCACUCGCGAGUGCCUGGAAAUGGAGUCAAACGAGUCAGCAAAUGGCGAAGAGAGUCCUGGCCUGCACCAAGUCUAUGCGUUUGCGGCUAAAGGCAUGCGCGAAGCCUUGCAAGCAUCAGGCGCAAUCGUAUUUGACUUGUCGCACUUUGAGCUGGUGGAUGCGCCCGCCUUCGAGGGCGACGCACCGUCUUCAAAGAUCUUCUUCCCCUCGCCAUAUCAGAAUCCAGACGCGGCUCCUUACGCGAGCUUUGAUGAUCCGUCGACAAUUGAAGGUGUGCUCGAGACGGAUGGCGUGCCUUCGGCGGGAGGUGCAGACGAGCUAAAAGAAAAGGCAGUCCCGCCGAUGGCUGUUCUUGGCUCGUCAGAGUCUUCACCGCCGCCUUCGCGACGUGACGCGCCCGUGCCACUCGCUCACUACAUCAAAGUAGCGGAGUUCUUGCGUCAUCAUCGCACAGGCUGCUACUACUCGUUCGCACCGGUACCCUUCAGGCACCUACUUCCUGAGGGCAUGACAAAUCUCCUGCUCGUUCCAAUCUUCGGCCUGAACAAGCAGCCUUUCGCAUUGCUCUGCGCAUACUCGAAGUCAACAGGCGAUGGACCGCAAUUGCAAGACAUCAAAGAGUCCGGCCUGCAGUAUCUUCGAGCCAUGGGUACAAUCAUUUUGAGUGCGAUACUCAAGAAGGAUAUCAUGUUGGCCGACAAGGCGAAGAGCAAUUUCAUCUCCAACAUAUCACACGAGCUCCGGACUCCGCUGCACGGCAUUUUGGCUGCAGCCGAGCUCCUGGCAGAGACAAAGAUCAACGCUACUCAGGGCUCAUAUCUUGAGACCGUGGAGGCAUGUGGCAAAAGCUUGUUGGAGUUAGUCAAUCACGUGCUCGACUUCACAAAGCUCAGCGGCAAUACCCACGCCAAACAGAGCUCUGCGAAGCCGACUCAACGCUGCGAUCUGGUCAAGCUGGUCCAGGAAGUCUGUGAAAGCAGCUGGAUCGGACAAAUGGCUCGAAAGCUGGAGAGCUCCCAAUCUUCGGGCAUCGGAAGCGCGUACGCGCAGGGAUCUGGAGGCAGCUCAAACUCUGGCACUACACAGAGCCUGGGUCGUGGUCUGGCCCAUGCUGCUGUAGAGACUGUCAUCGACAUCACCUGUCGUCCUGAAGGCUGGCUUGUCAAGUGCGAUGCGGCUGGCAUUCGUCGCGUGCUGAUGAACCUGAUAGGAAACUCGCUCAAGUUCACAUCGGAAGGCUUCGUCCACGUUUCCCUUCGAGAAGUGCAGAGCUCCGAAACCCAUGUGGUGGUGGAGCUCGGCGUGACGGACACGGGCAAGGGUAUCUCGAGAGCCUUCCUCGAAGAGCAGUUGUUCCAUCCUUUCACGCAAGAGAAUCACCUGGGACCUGGAACGGGUCUCGGUCUCUCCAUUGUCAACAGCAUUGUUCAAUCACCGUCGAUCAACGGCAAGAUAGAUGUCUGGAGCACGCAAGGACAAGGGACGGAAAUGCGGGUUACCUGCGAGCUGGAGAUAGCACACGCUGCGGAUGCCGAGGGUCUCAUAUACAGGCCAGCUCUCGAUGUUGGUAAAGAGACUUCCAUCUCGCUCCUUGGCUUUGACCGAGCUUCUAGAGGCCACAAUGACUUGCUAGAAGUCCUGCGAAGCUACACGGAAGAUUGGUGGAAGUUCAAGCUGGUGCCGACUGGUGGUGACAUUGUCAUUGUCAACGAGGAUUUCAGCACCCUCGAGCAGCUCUCGCAGAGCAAAUCCCCAGAGAGUGGGUGGCUGCCCCCGGCCAUCUUGCUGACAAGUGUCAGAGGAGAUGCGGAGGCCACAGCUGCGUGCGAUCAGUACCACAAAGCUGGAGGAGUGGCUAGACUUCUCUUCAAGCCUGCGGGUCCCGCAAAGCUCGAGGCUCUGGUCGACUUCUCGCUGCAAUGCCUAGAAAGGGCGAGACGGGGAGAGCCGCUAUUACGUGACAGUGAAAAGCACGACAUGGUCUUGCCAUCCCCUGCCCAGUCGCCUCAUCGAAAGCCCGAGCUCGAGCGCGAGUCUUCCUACUUCAGCAACGCCACUGCAACGCCGAGGGGCGAGUCAUCGGGGCCCCAUCGCUCCACCGCCUCCCGACCGGACGACCACACACCAGGCGCUUACGAGAACCACAUGUCACCACUACCCCCCUUGGACAACGAAGUCAGCACGCUUCUGAGGCGCCAUUCUGAUCACGACCGGAUCCAAAAGAUGUCGCCCACGUCCGAGAAAGGCAGCAAUCCUCGCCCUUUGAUGCCACCCCGGAGCAUUACGUUCAAUGAGCCUCGGCUUCAAAGGCAUGUGCAUAUGUCGCCGCAUCACCCGCACAAUGCGUCAAAGAGACGUGACAGCUCUGAAUCGUCAGAUUACUUUGGAGCGGGUGCGACGGCUGCAUCUGCUGCGUCCGAUCGGUCUUCUACGGCACCCCACCCAGCGACGUCCUCGCCCAGCUCGCCUGGCUCAGUCAUUUCGUUAGAAGGCGGUGAUGGAGCCGUGCUGAAGACCGCGCUCCACAGUGCCCGAAUUGUGCAGAAUAGUCACAUCCGCCGACGCAUGCGGGUAUUGACAAUCGAGGACAAUGCCAUCAACCGCAGAGUUCUCGCUGCAUUUCUAGGCAAGCUCGAUGUGGACUUCGUGGAAGCGUCAAAUGGAGAGGAAGGCGUGCGAGUGUUUGAGUCCUAUCCGCCUCAUCACUUUGAUGUCAUCCUAAUGGACCUGUCCAUGCCAGUGCUUGACGGGAUCGGAGCUACGACGCAAAUUCGCAAGAUCGAGAGCGAGAGAGCGCGGGCAGCACAGCAAGUGGGCGCAACGUCGGCACCAUCAGCGUGGCGCAGUCACGCGGGUCCCUCCGGCUCCAGGACGCCUGCCGGUACGCCGGGUGCGCUAAGGGCUGCUUCGCGAGCCAAGAUCUUUGCCAUUACGGGCCACUCCGGCGAAGACAAUAAACGCAAGGCUUUCUCAUAUGGUUUUGACGGGUUCAUUGUCAAGCCAAUGAGCCAGCGCAUCCUGGCAUCGUUGCUACGGAUGCUGUCAAAUGAAUGAGCUCGCUGUCAACAAGGACACAGGAGGAUGCGCAUCGAGCAAGACUAAGGAAUUCAGAUAUUGUAGCAUUCUGCGCGACAAGUUUCAUCUUACGCAGAGCCCUGCGCCUUGAUUGCGGGGAUAUCCUCUGACUCUCUCGUUACUGGCCUGGGUAGAAGUCCGAGUCGCACCCUUUCAAACAUUCUCGUACCUGGCUUUUUGCAAUCGUUUCAUCCCACAUAUCAUCCAUCCAUCCAUUCAUCCAUCCACCCACCCAAUCCCUCUUGCCAUUUCUGGAGGCAAUCCGUUUCGCUAAAGAUGAUGCUGUGCUCGUAGGUCUGCUGCAAUCACAUCGUCAUGCUUUCAAUCC